GUUAAGACGUUUAUUGUAUUUGCUGGAACAGCAGAAGCGAGCUCAUGCUGGAGUUUCCCUUCACUCCUGCUCCCUGCAGACUCCUGCUGGUUUUCACUCUGCCCCUGGGCUUAAUGGUGAACACCUUGCAGGUGUGAUGGGAUGAAAACAAGCAGAACUGAAAGCUCUGCAUAUGGUGCAAGACCUGAAAAAGCUACACGGUGCAUUAAACCCUGUGUUUCCAAAUGCAUUUCUGGGGGUGGAGACAGAGAGAGGCGUAAGAUUAUCCAGACUGAGGAAAAAAAAACUUCUCUAGAGCAGAAAUCACAACAGCCUCUGCAGCAGCAGCUCUGUCAGGAUGAGGUCCGGCUGGUUCAAAGGUCUCCUGGUGGUUUUGGUUGUGGCUUCAGCUUUGGUAUACCUCAGCACCAUAAAGACUGGGUUCCACACCCACUCGGAGAGGCUCCAGAGGGCCCCCCACAGUGACAACGAGUCCCUCAGCAGUCGGGCAAUGAGCAGGAGGAUGGAGAGGAUGGAAGAAAACAUCAGCAGGCUGUUGAGCCUGAUGAAGAAGUAUGACAAGAAGGAGCAGGAGGCAGAGAAGGGGGGCAAAGCGAAGGAGAAGAAGAAGCUGGUGAGGAAGUUGUACCCAAACUCCCAUCUGUUCAGCAAGUGGGGCGACGGGCUGUCAGAGGAGGAGCAGAAGGAGGCCGAGGACUUGUUCCAGCGGUACGGAUACAACGUCUUCCUCAGUGACCGGCUGCCUCUGAACCGAGAGAUUCCUGACACCAGGCCCUCGAGAUGUGCAGAGAAGCGGUAUCCGGAGGAUCUGCCGUCCCUCAGCGUGAUCUUGAUCUAUCUGGAUGAAGCCCUUUCUGUCAUUAAGAGAGCCAUCCGUAGCAUCAUUGACAAGACGCCUGCUCGGCUGCUGCGAGAAAUUAUACUGGUGGACGAUCACAGCUCCAACGAUGAUUUAACGGGCAAACUGGACGAGUACAUUAGCUCCAUCCACGAGGAACGGCCCGGCCUGGUGAAGAAGAUUCGUCACUCGGAGCAGCUCGGUCUAACCCAGGCCCGGCUGUCAGGGUGGAAAGCAGCUGUGGGCGAUGUGGUGGCCAUCCUGGAUGCACACAUAGAGGUUCAUGUGCAGUGGGCUGAGCCUCUGCUGGCUCGGAUUAAGGAGGACCGCACGGUGAUAUUGACACCGGUUUUUGACAAAGUCGGCUUUGACGACUUGGUCCUGGUUCCGUAUGUAACCAGUGCCCAUGGCUUUGACUGGGCCCUGUGGUGCAUGUACGAAAGCUUCAGACCGGAGUGGUACGCUUUGGAGGAUGAGUCCCAACCUGGCAAGAGUCCGUCCGUCAUGGGCAUAAUGGUGGCCGACCGCAAGUUCUUCGGAGAGAUCGGAAGCCUCGACGGCGGCAUGAAGAUUUACGGCGGCGAAAACGUGGAGCUCGGCAUCCGGGUGUGGCUGUGUGGCGGCAGCAUAGAGGUGAUACCCUGCUCAAAGAUCGCCCACAUCGAACGCUUUCAUAAGCCUUAUGCUCCAGAUCUGAGCACCACGGUGAGGCGUAACGCCCUGAGGGCGGCCGAGGUGUGGAUGGACGACUAUAAAUACAACGUGGCAGUAGCCUGGAACCUCCCCAUCGAGAAUCAUGGGAUAGACAUCGGAGAUGUUUCCGAGAGGAAGAAGCUGAGAGAGGGGCUGAAGUGUCGGCCCUUCCAGUGGUACCUGGACAACGUGUACCCCAUGCUGGAACCACUGCAGGACCUGCUUGGUUAUGGAGCCCUGACUAACGAUCUCCAGCCGGAUCAGUGCGUGGAUCAGGGCCCGACGCCCGGCUUCACCCCCAUCCUGUUUGGAUGCCACUUCUUCUCCCCUCAGCACUGUUAUUACCACACUGAUGGACAACUCUACAUCGGCGGCAUCAAAUCCCACAAAUACAACAGCAACAACUGUCUGGUGGAUCCAGGCUCGGGAGUUUUACCGGGACUGUAUCAGUGCAAAAUGGCCCAGCAGAAGAAAUUACACAUGUUUUGGGACUUUAAACAGGGAGGACAGAUCCAGAACAGAGACACCAAGAGAUGUUUGGAAGUUGCAUUAGGAGGGCUGUACUUCAAGCUCGUUCUUCAGCAGUGCAGCGGCCAGCGAUGGACGAUACAACAUGUCAUCGACAGCGAUACGGCGCAUAAAAUGCACAUUGUUUCAGAGAACCAGGUACUGUGAAUGCUGACCUGCAAGUGCUUCAUU